CGUUCUACAGAGGAAGAAAGGGGGAGACGGGCGACCUAUACAGAACGCUUUCACACAAAUAUGAGCGGCAGCGGGCGGCCCAGGACCAGCUCCUUCGCUGAGCCUCCCGGAGCUCCCGGAUCCGCUGCAGCCGGCGCCGGAUCAGCGGCAGCCGGCGGAAGCUCGACAGGAAAAACUGGGGCUUCACAAGCCAGUGGAAGCAGUUCGACGAGCUUUGGGAAUUUGAAACUUCCCAGAGACAGUAGCAAGGUGACAACGGUGGUAGCCACACCCGGCCAGGGCCCUGAUCGCCCACAGGAAGUGUCCUAUACAGACAUAAAAGUUAUAGGAAAUGGCUCCUUUGGGGUUGUCUACCAGGCUCGCCUCAUCGACAGCCAGGAGAUGGUGGCAAUUAAGAAAGUUCUCCAAGACAAGAGGUUUAAGAAUAGGGAGCUGCAAAUUAUGAGGAAAUUGGACCACUGCAACAUUGUGAGGCUACGCUACUUCUUCUACUCCAGUGGCGAGAAGAAAGAUGAGGUGUAUUUGAAUCUGGUGCUGGAUUACGUCCCUGAGACAGUGUACAGGGUGGCUCGGCAUUUCAACAAAGCCAAGACCACCAUCCCCAUCAUCUAUGUUAAGGUGUACAUGUAUCAGCUGUUCCGCAGUCUGGCUUAUAUUCAUUCCCAGGGCGUGUGUCACAGAGACAUCAAGCCCCAGAACCUCCUGGUGGACCCAGAGACGGCCAUUCUCAAACUCUGUGACUUUGGCAGUGCGAAGCAGUUAGUUCGGGGGGAGCCGAAUGUGUCCUAUAUCUGCUCACGGUACUAUCGUGCCCCAGAGCUCAUCUUUGGUGCCACUGACUACACGUCCAACAUUGACAUCUGGUCGGCCGGCUGCGUGCUGGCCGAGCUGCUGCUGGGCCAGCCCAUCUUCCCUGGGGACAGUGGCGUGGACCAGCUAGUAGAGAUCAUCAAGGUUCUGGGGACGCCAACAAGGGAGCAGAUCCGAGAGAUGAACCCUAACUACACAGAGUUCAAAUUCCCUCAGAUCAAAGCACACCCUUGGACAAAGGUGUUCAAACCUCGCACCCCACCAGAGGCCAUUGCCCUAUGCUCUCGACUGCUGGAAUACACGCCAGUGACCAGGCUGUCUCCCCUGGAGGCGUGUGCGCACCCCUUCUUCGAUGAGCUGCGUCAGCCCAACACCCGCCUUCCCAGCGGACGAGAACUGCCACUCCUCUUCAACUUCAGUCCCGUCGAGCUGUCUAUCCAGCCCCAGUUGAACUCCACACUCAUUCCUCCUCACGCUCGUGCACAGACAUCGCCUGCCUCACAUGAGGGCAGUGUGUCAGACAGUACCGCCCAGCCCAGCUCAGCACCUGGAUCCAUCAACAACAGCACCUGAGCCUCCAUCCCUCUGUCAUCUUUUCUUUUUGUCUUCCCCCUUUUCCUUUUCUCUCCUCUGCUUUUCUCCCUCUCAACCUCCCCUCUGGCUCCAAACCCUUAAAAUAGAAAAUAAAUAACUAUACACACCCACAUAAACACUCCUGAAUUUUAACCAUUUCCAAUAGAAAACACUUUCUUUGGCUGCCAACUUCAGGAAGAUGUGGGGGUUGUUUUAAGGAUAUUUAGGUCGCCAUGCUUGGGCUUGAAAUAAGCUGCAGUUCUAAGUCCACGCUGGCCCGUGUCUGGCCUGUUAGAAUAAGGAAACUUUACAAUGGUUGGGAUGUUUGGAAGUUGAGGAGGGGGGUUGUCCAUGUUGUAUGGAUUUUCUGUAUUAUAAUAUACAAUUGACUUUUAUCCCUUUUUUAAUGUUUCUUUUAUUUGCAUUAGCGUAUUUUAUGUGUGGCCGUGGUGCCACUGAAUGCGAUCCUGAUUGACUAUGGAGUUGAGAAUGAGGGCCGUAUGUAAGGCCUGUAUAAUAUUGACAAUCAUCCUUAGUGGGGUCAAAAAUGUCACACAUGUAGUGUACAUGUUUGAUCGUACAACACACUGUAGAAUGUAGAGUAGUGGCUUUUCUGGCACUUUCUACACUGAACUCUACUCAAGUAUUGUCAGUUCACCCAGCCAAAGGCUGAACAAAUGUGUAGAAUUACUUUUAAAUCUCCCAAUUUGAUACCUGACAGAAGAUAUUGGCGGAUUUUUGGUUCAUUUUAGAUAAGAGUUGGUUUUAAAUUUUAUUACAAAUGAGGGCACCACAGCCUGUCUUUAUGGUUUCUUUUUGAAUAUUAGCUCCUCAACUGCCUUUUUAUGUGAAUGAGAAGGAGCAGAGCGCACAUUUUCAGUUUCUUCAGUAUAAACUCGUGUUUUCAUUGGUUAAGCUGGAAACCAAGCAAUUCAUGUUAAUAUCUCAAAUGAGUAUUGCACAUCUCCAAAGGGAGUAGAGCGGAAGCAAAGGGGCGAGUUAUGUGUCGCGUCCAGCCGCCAACGUAGCUUCACACGGAGGGAGCCGUUGAUUUGGGGCUCCGGUUGCAUCGAAUACAAUAACAGACGCCUCAAUGAUGCCUUGCAUGUCAUAAACACAGUUGCUUAGCAUUGAAAAGUCACUUCAUUAAUUAUGUCACUUUACGGUGUUACAUUUCAUAUCGGCUUGAUAUGAGAGAGAAUCGGGUACGGACUACUGGCCGCUCACCUGGCUCGUCAUUGCCAUUUCAGCUACACAGUUGUUGUUAAUGCAGGAGGAGGACUCUGAAGUAAUUUAGUUUGGUUUGUGAGAGAUCUUUUGAAACCCUCUUCUCCCACUUUCCAAACGGCCUGCCUGUGACGCUCGUAUCAUGUUCUUCUUGGCCUGUGCUGGUGGUAAGAACUCAUUAUUUACCCAGCCCAACGGUCCACUGUCGGCAUGAACCGGUUGUCUUUCUUCCACCAUGCAAAUGUGCAUGUUCAGCCCAAGUUGACCACACUAUAUUUCUUCCACUAAUCUCAGUAAAAAGCAGACCAGAAAUGAUGCUCAAAUCCCUGAAACCCAACUGCUUUUGGAGCCUCCCCUUCCAUUCCUUUAUUCCUCCUCCCUCUGCCUUCUGCUUCCCUCUUUCCGCCUCCUUUUUUCACUGCUAAACUGUAAAUAAUCAGUACCUUUUAUUUUGUUAUUAUUGUUAUUAUAUUGUUGUUCUUGUAAUUUUUUUUUCUCUAGUAGACCGGCGCAGCAGCGGCCGGACUGUUUAUCCUCAGUCGCAGUCUGUAAAUACAAUUUCAUUUCAGUCCCUGGUUCAUGAGGGGAAAAACAGAACAAAAUGUUUCAUUUUUAUUCUCUCCCUCAAUUUCUCUCUUCACGACUUUCUGUUUUCCCCCAUAAGUGUUGACAUAACUGUUUUAUUUAUUGUAUUGUGUUUUUUUUUGUUUUUAUCAGGGGAAGGGGGCGAUCAUUUCUUUUCCACUGGGGUGGUACAAUUGAGGGUUUAAAGUAGUUUCCUAAUUUUUAUUCACCAUUUUUGCUCGGCAAUGUCACAUGCAAAAUAAUUUCACAUCCAAGAUACUGUACUGAGAUCCAGACGUCGGUGUGUCCUAUCCAAUCAGUGGUCUUGUAUGUAUGCAGGUGCACAUGCUAGCAAACGGGUGGAACUCCAGUUUUUCAUUUAACUUGAAUGUGAAGGGAAUGUUACGAGCCUCUGGAUCUAUGGGGUUUUGGGAGGGCGCACGGAUCACCCUGUGUGUGUGUGUGUGUGUGUGUGUGUGUGUGUGUGUGUGUGUGUGUGUGAGAGAGUGAGGAAAGGGGAAAUAAUGAAUUUAUUGACUUGAUCAUCUCCUGUGUCCGACCGUCUCCUGUUGUCGCUUACCGUAUGUAGCGUCGUACGAGUGUAACGGGUUCGUCCUGUUAGAACUGUGUGUAUGCGUCACAGAUACUUGACAAGUUUCUUGAGCUCCGCUGCAGGGAAUGUGUGUUUGUAUGUGUGCUGUCAGACCAGGGACAUUAUUUUCAGUACUCCUGACUUGUUCCUAAAUGAAGAGCCGACUACAUGUGCUAUUUUAAUGUUUAUUUACCAUCUUCUGAUCUGUCACACUUUGUUUUUAAUUUGCUGUGACCCUGCUCUUUUAUCACCACUGUUUGUUGGGAACAGAACGGUUGGAUAAAGGAGAUGAAGAGAGAGAGAGAGGGAUGGAGGGAGAGAAACAGUUUUUUGUUUGUUGGUAUAAAUAAUUAAACUCAUUAAUAAAGUGAUGAAACUGU